AUGGCUCCCCCAAAGAAGGGUGGUGAGAAGGGCCGGUCCACCAUGAACAAGAUGGUGACCAGAGAAUACACUAUCAACAUUCAUAAGCGCAUCCAUGGAGUGGGUUUCAAGAAGCGUGCCCCUGAGGCACUCAAAGAAAUCCGGAAAUUUGCCAUGAAGGAGAUGGGAACUCCAGAUGUACGCACUGACACCAGGCUUGACAAAGCUGUCUGGGCCAAAGGAAUAAGGAACGUCCCAUACUGUAUCGUGUGA